AUGUCCGCAGCGGAGCGGACCAGCGACAGACUGCGGAGAUAAACAAACACACGCAGCGGGGACGUUCGUGCCUCCAGAGCAGAGGGCAGCCACUGUGACAGUUCCUACUCACAUCCCGGAGCCCUGACCUUGUGCCGGGGACGACAUUAGCGUUCAGAAUCGAGUGACUGACCAGUAUUGCACCCUCCUUCUCCCCCUCUCCUGAACACGGAGCAGCUUGUUUGACACAUUAAGGUCCGGCGGCGGCGGAACAUGACCGAGCUGAGGAAGCGAGGAGGCGGCGUCGGAGAAGCGGAGAGCCCCGAGAAUAUCAGCGAUAAGGAGGCUGAGGGCGAUGACAGGCUGGGCCUGCCUGGUGACACAGAGGGAGAAUGUGAUGCUGACUGCAAAGCUGACACUCCAGAUGUUCCCCUGUCCACAGCAGACACAGACAACACUCCACAAUGCCUGAACAAAGCUCUGGAGGGGCUGCCGCCGAGAUGGAAGAACUACUGGAUACGAGGGGUUCUGUCUUUAGCCAUGAUAUCUGGCUUUUUUGUCAUGAUAUAUUUGGGUCCAAUCACUCUAAUAUUGGUGGUCAUGACGGUCCAAAUCAAGUGUUUCCAGGAAAUCAUCACGAUUGGCUACAGAUUUUAUCAUUCCUAUGAGCUUCCUUGGUUCCGGACACUCAGCUGGUACUUCCUUAUCUGUGUCAACUACUUCUUCUAUGGAGAAACCCUUGCUGAUUACUUUGGAGCACUGGUGCAGAGGGAGGAGCCGCUGCAGUUCCUGGCUCGAUAUCACCGGUUCAUCUCCUUUGCAUUGUACCUGGCAGGUUUCUGCAUGUUUGUGCUGAGUUUAGUGAAGAGACAUUACCGCCUGCAGUUUUAUAUGUUUGCUUGGACCCAUGUGACCCUGUUGAUUGUGGUUGGUCAGUCCCACCUUGUCAUUCAGAACCUGUUUGAAGGAAUGAUCUGGUUCAUCGUCCCGAUCUCCAUCGUCAUCUGCAACGACAUCAUGGCCUACCUGUUCGGGUUCUUCUUAGGACGGACUCCUCUCAUCAAGCUCUCACCCAAGAAGACCUGGGAGGGCUUCAUCGGUGGCUUCUUCUCCACCGUGGUUUUUGGUUUCCUUCUGGCGUACCUGCUGUCCCAGUUCCAGUACUUUGUGUGUCCCGUGGGCUUCAACAGCGAGACAAACGGCUUCACGGUGGAGUGUGAGCCCUCCGAUCUUUUUGUGAUGCAAGAGUACAAGCUUCCUGCCGUCAUCCAGAACACACUGCGAUGGAAAACAGUGAACUUGUACCCGUUCCAAAUCCACAGCAUCUGCCUCUCCUCUUUUGCCUCCCUCAUUGGGCCCUUUGGUGGAUUCUUUGCCAGCGGGUUCAAGCGCGCCUUCAAAAUAAAAGACUUUGCCAGCACCAUCCCUGGACACGGUGGCAUCAUGGACCGGUUCGACUGUCAGUACUUGAUGGCCACAUUCACGCAUGUUUACAUCGCCAGCUUCAUCCGGGGUCCGAAUCCAAGCAAAGUCCUGCAGCAGCUGUUGAUGUUGCAGCCCGAACAGCAGCUCAGCAUCUUCCACACGCUCCACUCUCACCUGAAGGAAAACAACAUGCUGCCACCUGCUGGCGGCCAGGCGGAAUGAGCCCGUGUCGUCAUGAGCGUGUGUGCGGUGUUGGCUUGGAGCUGCGUGCACACACACACACACUGGCUUUGAGAAGUGUGUGUGCCUGUUUGUCCUCCCUCCAGCACAUUAAAUGUCACUCUUGAGUCUCCUCCAGACUUUCCAACCUUUGCUUUCCUGGACCGGCGCCACCUUCAGGACUAAACUGUCUAAGCACACAGCUUCUGUCAGCACAGGAGGACGAGCGGGCGCAGCACUGACAUUAGCAGAACUGAUCAUAGAAGCUUCCAGACGCAGCUGAACCUGGACCCGCGCUGCAGACCAAAGCUCCAGCCUGCUGCGUCUCUCCGGGUGAGUGAAGAACUGACCCGGCGCCGGACGUCUAACGCUCUCAUGUAGCAUGUGACCCAGACGAAGCCUCCUCAUCGUCUUCCUCACUUCAGCCUCUAGGUCGUCUAACUCGCACAUGAAACUACAGCAUCAGUGUUGUACAUAAGAUAUAGUGAGAUAUAUUUAGCAGAACAAAUAUAUAGUCCUGAUCAGCUGCCACAUUUUGACCGCCAGAUGGAUUGUUUGGUUUUGUGACCUGCACAAAGCAGGCGAGUGGUCAUAAUGUUUCGGCUCAUCGGUGUAGUUGCUUUUUGGCAAGUGAUAUGCAAAAACAUACUGACUCGUUUGUGAAGCUUUGCAUGAACAAAUGAGAUGAUUUGGGGUUUGGGAAGGGGUGGAGAGUCGAAGGCUGCUUCCUUAGAAACACGAGACGCAGCGAGAGCUUUUGGGAAACGCUUUGUUCAGACAGAGGAGUCUACAACUGAGAGGGACAGCUCCACAGACGGUGCACAUAUCAUUUGAUCUGUGAAUACAGUCGAAACAUUUUGGAUCAUCAAUCCAUCCUGACACAUCAACUGGCUUCUCUUGCGGUUCUACUCUUGAGUCUCUCCUGGAUCAGAGCUCUGGUCUCGGACAGAGAAUUGAGCUCAUCUCAUUUCUUAAUGGGUUUCCUGUCCUACUAACUAAAAGCUCAUGACUCAGAACUGAUUUUGUCAAUAAUCUCAGUCAAACUCCCAGAGUGAACAUCUGCUUCCUGCUGGUUUGAACGGCCUCAGACAUGGAGGUGCUGAUCCUCCUCCCUGUCACUUCACACUCUUUGAGACACAGAACUCAGAAAGACAGGUGUGACUCCACAGCGAGUCCAGUGGCGGAGCGUUUCCCAGAAUUCCUCUGUGCUUCUUGUCUCAGCUGGUGAUUUUAGCUGCACUGUCGCUUUAAAUGCUGUUUUAGAUUCUAUUUAUGCAUCGAUCACAAAGUGUGAAUGUAAAAGAGAUUUAAUAUUGAAAUAUUUAACCCGAGAGCCGGUUAGUUCUGUUAGCAAUACUUCUCUUAUGCAAGACCAGACGAGUCCAGAAUGACUGUUGUUUACCAAAGUUGAUCAACACCGCCUUCCUCCUGUGAGGGGGGAGAGCACCCGAACUCCUGGUCAAGGUUCUGACCCGGAGUUCUGAUGUCGACGGCCCGUGCAAUGUCUUUUUAUUUAUCGUGUUUCUCGAAUCUUAAUUUAUUUUUGUUUCUUUCCGUGUGACUGCGGGUGGAUCAGUGGGACCAGCCGGAUCGUACUGUACAACUCUUUUCUUUUUUUUCCGACACUCGCGGUGAAAUCUGAAGUUACGAAGCCAAUCUGACCAAAAUCCAGAGAACAGGAUGUUGUUUUGGGGACAUGUGCCACCUAAAAGAGAAAAAUGGAUUGAAAUAUGUAAAUCAUGACAUACAAAGAAUUCAGGUGGUUGAUAUUGUUUGUUAUUAUUGCUACCAAGCAUUGUGCUUUAAUGCUGAAGUUAAACCACCCAAAGUACAAAUUAAUGUACAAAUAUAUCUGCGUAAUCCAAAAAUCUGUCUUCAUUUGAAGUCAUUUAAAAAUAAUGUAUUUUAAAAAGUAAUGAACUAAAUCAAUUCUAUAUUAUCUAUAUAUACGUUAACCUGAAUUUGAAUCUUAAGAGAACAAUUGUAUUUACUAACUUAAAUACACGAUUAGCAGAAAUGUGAGUGUCAUUUGUCACAUAUUCAACAUCCUCCACCUCCUCAUAGUUUUGCAUUUGUUGAUCUGCAAAGAGCCAACGUGUGUCAGGCGAGGAAAACAUGAGCAUAAAGAAUUUCAAAACGAUAUUUGAAGCUCUAAAACACAUUGAAAAAUUGUUGAUUUAUAAGUAAUAUGAAUAAGUGUUCAGGUGGGCUCAUGAUUUGGGAUUUUACACACUUGUAGAGGGAAAAAGAGAAGGGUUUUCAGAUGACGCACUGUACGUUUUAUUUAUUUUAUUUUCCUGUUGAUUUGUGUUUUCUGACGAGACGCAGAAGGUUUUGGAUCAGAGUUGAAGAGCUUGAUCUUGUGACUUGUCGACUGUAUGGGGUCAAUAAAGGUUUUGUUUUCUCCA